CUCGGCUCUGGACAAGUUGAUGACGAUGAUCGCUUCCGGUCUGGCCCCCGCCGCAUCUCCAGCCGCCACCACCGCCACCGCCAUCACUACCCAGGAUAGCCCUGCCGACAUCAAAGCAGCACCAACGGUGGCGACAAAAAGUGUGGCGUCCUCCACAUGUAACGCACAACGAAUGGAGAGAUUCCGUGAUUCGCUAGAGCGCUACAUCGCGGGGUACGAGAUAGACCCAUCCCCGUGCUACAUCGCGCUGGAAGCGGCUAUCGCUAACCCUGGAAUUGGGCAGGCAGCACAGGAAUCCCGCGAUGAGCUCAUGGUCCUGCUUUUGAGCUGUGUCGUAGAUAGCGAGCGACGGGAAAACCUGCACAUCCGCUUCAUCCGGUCCAAUCCAAUGGUCGUGACUCGGUGCUACAAGUCGCUGCACUGCUACCCGUGCCGUGUGGUCGGCGGACACCACCCUCAGACAUGCGAGCAGUACGAGGCCGGGCGAGGCCACCAGGACGUCUGCAAGUGUCCGGGGUGUGGCGUUUACGUUGUAAAGGGCGAUGGCUGUGACAGUAUCAGCUGCGUCUGCGGCCACUGCUUCAACUGGAGCGAGCUGGUCGCAGCACGCCACAGGCGGAUCGUGGACGCCUUUCGAGACGCCCAUCCCGAAGACACCGGUCGGGCGGCGGCACAGAUCAUCCGACGUGGCCCUCCCACGGCUGCCGACCUCGGCACCGGUCCCCAGGAGGACAUCAACGAACACGUUGGUGCACACGGGGACAUCGAGGCGCAGCAACAUGGGGUUGAACAUGGACCGGGAGCGGGGGCUGAUGCCGGGCAACCAAACCAGGAAGCGGUCCAGGAACUGGAACGAGCACCGCGUCAUAGAACGGGUCAGGGAACUGUUGAGGAGGAACGGGAUGAGCCGGUCCCGGUCCCGGGAGAAAACGGGCGUCUUUCGGCGGAGGACGAGUUCCGAUUGGCAAACGCCUACGCGGAGGCAUACCGUCGAGAGCUUGCCCGAGGGCGUGCGGCCAUUUACGGGGAAGAGAACCCACACUUUACAGUGCAGCGGGCUCGUGCUCAGUCCGAUCAGUUACCGCCUUUGUCGGCGUUGAGCUACUUCCGUCAACCGCGCCCUGCUAUUUGCACUAGCGAAACCGAAGCAGCGUGGCUAACGCGUGCCGCCGAGGACUGGCUUACGACCAACCAGGGCAAAGUGAACGUUGUUAGACGAAGGGAUGAGGCCGCACGUUCCUCGCUCGUGGAGGCCUUCUACAGCGGUGACGACCUCCUUCGGCACAUCGCGGCGGAGUACGCCCGAUCCGCCCUCCGCGUCGCUGCCCCCUUCACAAGCGUCGCCGCCACCGACCGCCCGCGCGCGUUCUGGAGUCGCCUCGAGCAGUAUCAGCAGCAGCAGGCCGAUGGGGAACAGAACGGCGAGCCCCUGUUCAAGUGGCUGGGCAUCGUCGAGCCCCCUCCCCCGACCGGCGACCAGUCAACGUGGAAGGACGAUGACGAUGGCGCCGUGGCUGACGAAGAUGCGUGGGAGGCGCCCUUCGCGAAUGCCGAGAUCGAGGAGGAGACGUUCGAAAUCCUGCCUCCCCCGCAAACGCUGUUUACAGCUUGGCCGUCCGCGCGCACGGAAAGGGUAGACCUUAGGCCCACCCCUCCGAGUUCGUGGGGACGUAGGCGUGCACUGGACCCGGCCAGCAGACUAGUGUCGGCAACGUCGACCUUCGGGACUCUUAGGCUUCGGGCAGAGGUUGAACUUUGGGUGGCCGGAUCGAAUAUUCGCCAGAAGGGUCUGCGACGCCUGAUGGCCGUCCAGGAACGCGAGCUAUCCAAGGCUUGGGUCGCCCUAUGGGGUCACCGUCGUCGUCUCGACCCCGUCUCGAAGACUUGGGUCGACGCCGAUGACUCCGGUGACGCCGCUGUACGUGCGGCAGCCCGACGUGUCGUUUUCCUCGAGGCCCACCCGGAACAGGCUUGCCAGGAGCAAGGGGCGAUGAUGAAGGCCUUCAUCCGCCGCAAUGGAGCAGUAGUUUUGAAAGCCGUAGAGGAAGCCGAUGCCGAGCUAGCCGCUGCGUGGGAGCGUAUGCACGACAACCGCGACGACGUCGACGCUGCUCACUCCUCAACCACACCUCCAGCCUCGACUUCCCCUGCAGCGUUUGACCGCGCGUACACCGCCUACCGCAAGCACAUUGACACCCGGGCCUCCGCUGCCCUGGUGGCGAACUCACUCCCUCCGACGUGCGCGGCAUCGGCAACCCUGCAACUCCGGAGGAUUGGUCGGAUGGUCGAUGCCUGGGAGUCUGCUAACCACCGACGGGUAUGUGCCCAGAGAUUCGCCGACCACUUCAGCGGCGCUGCUGGCGCAGAGAAGGCAGCGCAAGAACGCGAGGCUCUGCCGAAGCGACCGCGGGAGAGCCGCGCGGCGGCCAACGAAGACGCCACAGCAUUCGGUGACGUCGUGGCCCUUGUGGUGGCGCCAAUGCUGAUUGGCCGCGCGUCCCAGAUGUGCGAGUGCGACAUGGAGGCUAUCCUGAGCAACGCGGUGGACUGGGUUGCCUUCAACGGGGAAGCGUUCGAAGAGGAAUUGCAGAGGAUGGAGGCCAGGCUCAAACUGCCACCAGGGACGAUGGCAGGGAAGGACGGAAAAAACGAAGGGUGCUCGGAAGGGGGUAUGGGGAGAAUACUGGAUAGAUGCGAGUGCAAGCUCGAACGUUCAGUUUCGUCUUGCAGCCGGCUGGUGGCGUGCCCAAUCGUUACGCGUCGGAUAUUGAGGGUGCCCAAGCCCGUUUGCCCGGAGUGCGAGGAUGGCAGCGGCGUGUUUGGCACAGAUUUGUUCGACCUGUUCGCUUAA